AUGGCUGGGGAAAUUAGAGAAGCACUUCUGUAUGAUUUCAAUUAUAGUUUCUUUGUUGCUAAUACGAUGUUGCCGAAUGUGAGAAAUGUUGAGGAGAGACAAAAUGUUUUUAAAUGGCUGAGAUUUCUGAAGACUAGUGCGAAGACACUUCAAGAGUUGAAGCUGAGAAAUGAAUUCAUGAAUCAUUUGGUUAAAGGUGUUCGAGCUGGAGUGCUGUCUGCGCCUUUUGAUAAUCCUCCAUCGAAUAUUCCACUGAUGUCGAUGAUUUCAAUGCUGCCACCAGUAGACUUCGAUGAUGAAGACCCAACAGUUUGUCGAGGAUCUCCCAGAAACUCUGCGAUAAUGCAAAGGUCUCCAGAUGCUGGGGAUUUCCUUGCAGCACAGCCAAUUCCUGAUGUUGGUGCUUUUUGUUACGUUGCAGUUCUCACCAAGAAGAAUAACUAA